GUACACGCUCGAGUUUGUACACAUUUCGCGUGAUGGUCACGUUCGAGUUCGUGUGGACGUUUAAUCUGGCCUACUUUUUUUUUAUCAUUCACUCAUUAUUUUUUAGGCUAAAAUCAGUAGUGGUCAAUUGUCAGUUAAAAAUCUAUAUUCCUGUUUGAACUGCCCCUUGUACAGUAAUAAAAACCAACAGCGUUGGGUUCUUCUACACGUUCCAGGUGGCCUGAAGUGGUCCGAUCGCAGCAAGGCAAGAGGAGGAAGGAAGCAAAGUAAGCUAUAAAUGGAAGAUGGGUCGUUUGUGUUGUCCUUGUUUGAACAUUAGUAUACAUUUCAAGGGAAGCGAUUGGGAAGCCGCGGAUAUCAGCAAGUUUAAUGUUAGCAGUGAGCAUCUGCAGCACCCGUUCUUUGAGCAAGGUGUUGCUCUUGUCCAGCUCGACCUCGCUGGUAUAUCUCAGCAACAAGAAAAGUUAGUGCAAGAGUUUAAGUUAGGUCAGUGGCAUGUCCACAAAUGUGAGAACUGUAACCUUGGUGUGUAUGCAACGAGUAAUGCUAAGGACAUAGUACUAGUCAGCCUGACUUUACUUAGUAACAGUACAGUCAUUGAAGAGCUAUACCAGUCACCUGAUUAUUCCCCUCAAUAUCACAUUUUACUGACGGAAAAAACUAACAAACAUGGUGCAACUUCAUUAUUGUAUCCAACUACCAGUCAACAUGAUGUAAUGAAGACUACAGUUAAUGAACUUCAGGAGAAUCUUAUGCAUUACAUGAAGAAGGAAAAAAUUCUGAUGGAAGAUAGAAUAAGGAAAUACACAGAAGAGCAGCAGGCAAGCUAUGCCGACAUUCAGAAGCGAGCUUACAGGGACAAAAACCUAAUGGUUGGAUUGUUGCUGGAAAUAGAAGAGAGGAAUCUAGUAAAUUCUUUGUCUGAUGCCAUGAUUGAAGGUAGUAUCCCUACAUGCAAUUCAAGUAGCUCCAAGUCAACGUCAAUCAGAGUAAAUCCUUCUACACGUAGUAGAUUUGAUGGACAGUUGACCAAAUCACCAGUGCAGCAGGUUCCUCCCUCAUCAAGUAUCAGAUCGAACACCAGGGGCGUCAGUCUGGAGAAAUCUAAAAAUAGGCAGCAUGCUCCAAAAAAGAGUAGAGCUGCAAAAGAUGAUACUCUUUUUGAUUUAGAAGGAUUCAGUGAAGAGUGUGAACCUUUUUUUGAAUCGGAAGAUGACAGCAGUGUUGAUGAUAACUCUCUGUUGGAUGAGGUGAUGGACCAGCCACCUGUCAUCAAUAGAAUUGAACAUCAGUAUGCUACUUCUGUACCGAUUUCAAUGCCAACAUGGGGUAAAGAAAAACAUCCAUUCGAGGAGUUUGAUGACAAGGUGCCAAUGCCUGGCCCUGACAGGAUUGUUGCAAGUAUGAGGGCCAUGGCUGCCAGUGUUCAUGAUGGAACAGAAAUGUUUGGUGACUUACCAAGACCAAGGUUAAAUACUGCAGAUACCAAGAACCGGCCUCGCUAAAUUUUAAUCCUUAAAUAUACUUGGUGCUAGUUAGUCAUACCUGGUUUUAUGAUUAUUUUUUUUUAGUUAGAGAUGAAAUUAUACUUUUCCAUUGGAAGUGUACAUAAAAUAGUAUUUUAUUGUUGAUUUGCCUGUAUUAUUACUUUUUAAACAUAUGCAUGUUUUAAGAAGCAAUCCUAAUCAGAAAUGUUUUGAAAUAUAUAUGGUUUAUUUUAUCAUGAAGAUGCUUAAUAUAAGCUGUCAGGAUAACCAUUAUACUAUCUAUUUAAAUAAUUAAUAGUCAAUGGUUUAAGAUAAUUGUUUUACAAUCUUUUGAGAAAUUAACAUUCAAUAUAAUAUUGAUUAUUAUUAUGACUUAGUUUAAAAAUGAAAAUUAAUUUAAUAAUGUUAAGGUUAUCAUUUUAGUAUCAAUGUUUAAUUAGUGUUUCUAAUGAGCAUGGAACAGUGGCGGAUUCAAGGGGGGCUCAGUCAUCAUAGGCCCCUUAAUUCUUUCAAAAUUGUAAAUAAUUGGAAAAAACCUGAAAGUUAGAUUUUAAGUCUGAGAGUGCCAUUUCUAUCCUCCUAGAGGUGACACAAUCGUUCUUAUCUCAGCCCAAAUGCCAGACCCUCCAUCUGUCAAAGUUCCAGCCUGGGCCUCUUCUGUUUCAAAUUCCUGGAUCCGCCACUUUGGGUUUCAUCAUCAGGGAGGAGCUGUUCAUACAUAUUUUGAUAUUCAUUUGUUUAACUUUUAGAUUCUAUCAUGCUUUUUGCAGUGACAAAUACUAUGGAUGUGAUAUGACAUCAUGCCCACAUAUUGAUGUGAUAUGACAUUCCCACGUAUUGAUGUGAUAUGACAUGCCCACUUAUUGAUGUGAUAUGAUAUAAUUCCCACAUAUUGAUGUGAUAUGACAUCAUGCCCACAUAUUGAUGUGAUAUGACAUCAUUCCCACAUAUUGAUGUGAUAUGACAUCAUUCCCACAUAUUGAUGUGAUAUGACAUCAUGCCCACAUA